UUGUGCUGUGCCCAUUAUUCCUCAGUCUUCAAUUCCUCUCCGUCUUUUGUUUCGGUGACCCCUUCACCCCAUCUCUCCUUCCUCAAGGGGUCGUCCUCUCUGUCUCUCUGAAAUUGAAAACCCAGAAACCAAAACCGAUACCCAGAAAAACCCAGAAUCAAAAAGAUGUCGGAGAUGGCACAGACAGAUCCAGAAGGAAUCGACGGAGUACGCAUGACCUGGAACGCCUGGCCUCGCACCAAAGUCGAAUCCAGCAAGUGCGUCAUCCCAAUCGCCGCCUCAAUCUCCCCGAUCCGCCCCCACCCCGACGUCCCCACUCUGCCCUACUCCCCCCUCCGCUGCAAAACCUGCUCCGCCGUCCUCAACCCCUUCUCCCGCGUCGACUUUGCCGCCUUAAUCUGGAUCUGCCCCUUCUGCUUCCAACGCAACCACUUCCCCCACCACUACUCCGCCAUUUCCGACACCAAUGUCCCCGCCGAACUCUACCCCCAAUACACCUCCAUCGACUACUCUCUCCCCGCUGGCCCUUAUUCAACUUCUCAGCCUCCGGUGUUCGUGUUCGUGCUUGAUACUUGUGUGAUCGAGGAGGAAUUGGGUUUUGCGAAAUCGGCAUUGAAACAAGCGAUCGGGUUGUUACCGGACAAUUCGCUUGUUGGGUUUGUUUCGUUUGGGACUCAGGUUCAGGUUCAUGAAUUGGGUUUUUCGGAUAUGUCCAAGGUUUAUGUGUUUCGGGGUUCGAAGGAAUUGUCGAAAGAUCAGGUUUUGGAUCAAUUGGGGCUCGGAUUGGCUGGUCGGAGGACUGGUCCUGGGAUUCAGAAGGGGGGAUUGGCGGUUUCGGGGGUUACGAAGUUUUUGUUGCCGGCUUCGGAAUGUGAAUACAUGCUAAAUUCGCUUUUGGAUGAGUUAGGUACAGAUCAGUGGCCUGUGCCACCCGGUAAUCGGGCAUUUAGGUGCACGGGAGUGGCAUUGAGCAUUGCGGCGGGUUUGCUUGGAGCUUGUUCAGCUGGCACUCCUGCUAGAAUUGUAGGUUUGGUGGGCGGUCCAUGCACGGAAGGGCCGGGUGCGAUUGUAUCAAAAGAUAUGUCGGAUCCAGUGCGUUCCCAUAAAGAUCUCGAUAAGGAUGCAGCUCCAUAUUUUAAAAAAGCAGUUCAAUUUUAUGAGGAACUUGCAAAGCAGCUGGUCAGCCAGGGUCAUGUCUUAGACCUUUUUGCUUCUGCACUUGAUCAGGUUUGUUGUGGUCCUUUAUAUUUGGUUAUGCAUUCUGCAAUUGUAUUUGCAAUUUGUUAGUAAUGCGAGUUUUUA